AUGGUCAUCUGGAACGACUCUCCUGAUCGUCAGCUCUUGAUGACGAUGAUUCAUCUGACGCCCGAAGAGAAAUCUGGCAAACAGUGGGAAGUCGUGGCCAAACGCAUGGGCGAAGGCUUCACCGCUGAGGCCACACGUCAACACUACCAGAAGCUCCGCCUUGAGUACACCAAUGCCAAUGGCGAACAGAAUGAUUCAACUCGGGGCGCGUCCAAAGCCAAAGCUGGUAAAGCUGGUAACAAGGCCGAACAGUCAGACGAGGCCAGCCCAGCCAAGACCACACCUCGCAAGCGUACCAAAAAGGUUGACUCCGAGAUCAAAGUGGAGAAGGGAGGCAGUGGCGAUGGUGACCACGAGCUCCCUUCGGCUAGUCCCAAGAAGAAGGUCAAGAGUGAGCAUUGA